UUCUUGCGCGGGAGAAGAAGAAGAGGAAUGCAAAAGGGAUCGGUUGGCGGGGCCUCACCACCGAUGGGCCGGCGGCGGUCGGGUGUACCCGGGCUCUGAGUAGCGGCAGCGCGGUCGGCGGGCCCGUCGGCCGCUUCAAGUCCCCGUCGCCGCCAUGGCGGAGGCCGAGAACGGCAACAGCAUGGCACAAAACGGCAGCGGAGGAUUCGCCAAGGAGAUCAGCAACCUCGCAGCCGACGGCUUGCUGAACUCUGUGUGCGUGGUCCAGCUGAAGGAGAACGACUACCUGCUGCCGACAGCAGUGCUGUGCGAUUACAGUCCUCUUAUCAGAGACACCAUGUGCGUCACGAGGGGGGACACCAUUCCCAGGGUCUACAUCAAGGGCAUCGAUGACAAGACCUUCCAAGUGCUCAUGGAAUACAUGCGCACCGGUCACGCCGACGUCAACGUGCAGAACGUCAUCGACGUCUACCACGCCGCCAACAGCCUGCAGAUGGCAGCUCUCGAGACAAUCUGCUGGAACAAAGUGUUCGAGAAGGAGCCCUUGGAACGAAGCUUGCCUGCCUGGAUCGCUGCCAAGCGCCUCAACAUGCCGGAGGAAGAGAAGCUGCUGUUCCGCUACAUCACCCACAACUUCGACGAAAUCGCCAAGACGGAAAGCUUCUACGAGCUGGACGCCACGCAGCUGAAGGAGAUACUGCGUGCCGACGUCAUCAAGGCUGACGAUGAGGUGGCGCUGUACAAAGCGGCCAUCAACUGGGUCCACUACGACUGCAAGGCACGCAGCAAGUACGUGAGCAGCCUUGUGGAGGCCAUCCGUUUCCAGGACAUGACACCCGCCCAAGUCGAAGCCUUCAAGGCGGUCAAGGUGUGCCCCGAGGUUCAGAAGCACUUUGACGUCAGCCAGCGCAUACCUCAGCCGGGACAAAAGAAGCUGGAGAAAGGAAGGGAAUACGCCCAAGUAAACAAGGUGGCAGCAGGAGAAGGCGCCGAGCCCUUGCCCGCGCCGCCAAGGCAAAGCACAACAGCAGCAGCGGCUCCGCCUAAGCCUUCAGUUGCGCCGCUGCCAAGCAUUGCGCCACUGCCAAGCAUUGCGCCACAGCCAAGCAUUGCACCACUACCAAGCCAAGAAACUAGUGCCCCACGUCUCGUGCCGCCCGCUGAAGCUCCUGUACCGAGACAGCAAAGUGCGACUGCUGUUCAUUCUGCGCCGCCACCACAACAGCAACCACCUCAGAAGCAGCAGCAACCGAUACCUGCUGCGGCGGCGCCGCUAGUGCUCAGCCUCGAACAGCAGGCGGCAGUGCUGUCAGCAGCGCAGGACGAGAAGCCUCAACUUAAGCCAGAAGUCAAGAAGACCGAAUCUGCGCCGAUUAAGAAGGAAGAAUCCAAGGAAAAGGUCGCAGCGGCUGAGAAAAAGCAUGAGAAACCCCACAAGGAUGACGCCAAGGCGGCGGAAGGAAAGAAGGACUCCCCUUCCAAGGAACAGCAAAAGGUGUCCCCGGUCUUAGAACCAUCGCUUCUCUCCAAGGAACUGUCGAAGACCAAGGAUAUCAAGCCACGUAGGUCUCACGAAAAAAAGAUCGAUUUGCUCGAGAAAGCGGACGCCAAGGGCGACACCAAAGGAAAGGAAAAGCACCAUGGCAAACACGGAGGCAAGCACGGAAGCAAGCACGAAGGCAAGCACGAAGGCAAGCACCACGAAGGCAAGCACCACGAAGGCAAGCACGAAGGGGACGCCGCUUCGAAGACGGCGACGUCCGACGUCGCGGUGACGCCAUCAACCGCCGUGCCUCCGACCAUGAGUCAGCCGACAUCGGCCACAACUAUCCCGCCAUCCACGGCCGGCUCCGUGCAGAGCAAAGAGAAAAAGAAGGAUAGCAAGGGUCAUAAGUCCAAGGACAAGAAGAGUAGGAGCAGCGACAAGAAAAGCAAAGGAAAAGGUGGUAAAGAUAAGAAGAAAAAGAGGGGCUUCUGUCCCUGGCUCAGCAGUAAAAGCAGCAAGAGCAGCAAGAGCACCAAAGGGAAAAGAAAACAUGGUGGCAAGGCCAAAGAAUCCGCCUCCAAGGAAGCGGUCACCCGCACUGAGGCCAAGACCACGGAAUCGAGCAAGCACAAGUCUAAGAAGGCCAAGAGGGUUUCUUCCAAGGAGAGAAGCUCCAGAUCCAAGAGCAAGGAGACACAUGGCAAGGAAAAGACUAGUAAGGAGAAGGCUGUCAAAGGAAGCAAAGAAAAGGCAGACAAAGGGAUCAAGGAGAAGUCGAGUAAGGAGCGGGUCUCCAAGGAAAAACACAGCAAGCAUAAACACAGUAAAGAGAAGCUACAAAGCAAGGAGAAGCACCACAAGACCAAACACGCAAGUAAAGAGAAGCAUGGAAGCAAGGAUAAGCAUGGAAGCAAGGAUAAGCACGGAAGCAAAGACAAGCACGGAAGCAAGGAGAAGCAUACCAAGCGUAGCAAAGAGAAGCUGAGCAAGUCUACCAGCAAGGAAAGCAAGAAGGGAGGCAGCAAGGACAAAAUCAAGAAGAAGCACAGCAAGGAGAAAAAGCCUGGGGAAUCUAAGUCCGAAUCGGGUGGCGGUGGAGGUGGACGUAAGCGCGAGCCCCACGUGAACGCGUCGAAGGCGAAAAAGCCUUCGGCCGAAGGGCCUGGAGGAGGCGGCGGGAAGAGCGACUUGAAGCAUGGCGCGUCAAAGUCGAAGGAGCGCGCGUCCCGUAAAUCUCCGUCCGAGUCGAGUGGUCCUGCUAAGUCUUCAGGCAAGAGCUCGAGGUCAUCCACCGUUCCCAAGCGCAAACCCGACAAGGACAGGGGGAAGUCCGACCUAGGAGUGGCGGGCAAGAAGUCCAGCUCCGGAGGAGGCCACGCCGUUCGCCGGAAGGCGCGUAGCGCGAACAGGCUCUCUUCGGGUGGCUCAGACCUGUCGUUCGUCGUGGGCAAGACGACGUCCCGUAACGUUCGCGAUAAGCGCCGCCAGCGCCUGUCUAGGGUACCUCAUCGGGCGCUUUCCGAGACGCGGCACACCUCCGACCUUGGUUACAAGGGACUCGACUGUGCCGCCACCGGUGACCAGCAGCUGGUGGUUGCUUUGAUAGGUGGCUUGGCCGCCGAUUCCAAAGGCGCUAAUCUCGAAAGUGCUGCCAUUUUCUCAUUGGGGCCUGAAGAGGAUAAGUGGAAGUGCGUAGGCAGGAUGCCAAGGCCCCGCUACGGUCACCAAGCCGUCAUAUACCAGGAUUAUAUUUACGUCGUAGGCGGCUACGAGGUUGGCAACGAUGCCCGUCAACUUGCGACAGCAGGGUGCCACAGAUUCAACCUGUCCAGAAGCUGCUGGGAGACCAUGGGCAGCUUGCGACGCGCACGCUGCCACCACGGAGUGGCUGUGGUUCUCGGAAAAGUAUACGCUGUUGGCGGACAGUCCGUAAACGAUGGGUUCAUGGAUUCGGUAGAAGUGUACGACCCAGACCUGGACCGAUGGUCGGAGGUGACGCCCCUCUGUUGCGCCCGCAUGGCGGCCAAUGCUGUCGAGUUCCGCGGACAGAUGUACGUCGUCGGCGGCCUGAUGAUGGUUGCCGGGCACAAGCGAAAGGUGUGCAUCGUGCCUGACACCAUGUGCUUCAACCCCAUGGACGACACGUGGCACCACAAGGCGUGCCUCCCCCUGCCGGUGUGCAACUGUUCGCUGGUAGCCCACCGCGGGCGCCUCCUGGCCGUGGGUGGCUUGGUGCGCGCGCUGACCGAGGGGUCGCCGAAUCAACAACCCAUGGUGCCCAUCGCUGAUGUGCUCGAGUAUUCACCGGCCGACGACUCGUGGUCACGCAUAAGCAUCAUGCCAGUAAAAGCACACAGCGUGGGACUCGCGUCACUUGGCGAGGACAUCUACAUUCUCGGCGGUCAGCUGGCCGACGACGCCGGAGCGGCCACGAAAAACGCCUACCGCUACAACCCAGUGACCGACCACUGGGUGACGCUGCCACCGCUGCCGAUGCGCCUGAGCCAGGCGUGUGCCAUCACCGUUAGGAAACAGGCGUUCAAAUGACGCGAGCGUAAAAAGCGUACGCGUUGCGUAAUCGCUUCCCACCCAAAAUAUCAUAAAUUCGCGCAAGUAAAAGAAUACUGUAAG